UUACAUUUUUCUCUGUACAUUUUUAGGUUGUGUAUCGUAGAAUUCGUCGUCUAUCGUAGAAGUUUUUUUCAGAAUAACAAGAAUUCAUUAGUACAAUAUGAAAAAAUCUACUAUUUUAUUUGUAUUUUUUAUUAUGAUGGAAUUAGCAUUGGUCACACAAGGUCGACCAUAUCCAAGUGAGAAAAAUGAGGACACAAAAAAGUUGCUAAGUGCUGAUAAGAAGUUAAAACAUUCUGUUGUAGUAGACGUUGGGUGUUCAACAUUCAAAUUCGGUUUAGGUGGUAAAUCGUCAAGUGAAGAGAAGUCAAAAGAGAAGGCGUUAAACCGUACUCAAAGCCGUGCAGGAAAAAUUGUUUCAGCUGCCGCAGAAAAGUCCUGUAUAGGGCCUACUCCGACGAAAGAGGACUAAGAUACAAAUGCUUAAACAUGUUUCCGCAGUCCAUGCGUGUGCAAAUAGAGGAUCCAAUGACAACAAUCCAAAUUGCAGAAAUAUACAGUUAUAAAUACAGCUUCAAAAUAAAUAUAAAUACAAAAAAUUAAAUUGUGAACCCAAACUAUUACUAAACCAAAAACAUGUAUUUCACGAAUUCAUAAUAA